UGCAACGAGUCCGAAUGCGCGUGAGAGCGAGCCUCCCCCCUCUUCAAUUCAAAGCGAAAAACAGGCUACCGGGAUCUCAUUCGUUCGGGAAAGACAAGACAGGAUUAAAUACAAAAAAUAAGACUCCUCCGUGUCCCGCGAGUGCGGUGUGGAAUAGUGUUGUGCUACCAGAGGUGUUGAGGACAGGUCGGCGUACUCAAAGUUACCAAAAAACAUCAAAAAGUUGCUCGCUAACAGACAGGAAUAAGCUCAAAGGACACAUCGGUCCAUCUACUUAUCCUCCAUCUUCAAGAAGAUGAAUCAGUCGAUGGCGAUGCAGAUGUCAGCCACACUCAGUUAAAUGUUAGUACUACUCGAGCAGAUAUUGCUCGGCUGGCCGAAGAGGAAAAAGAAGAAAGUGGCUGCUCCAGGUGUUGGAAGAUGUCUCUCUGGAUGAUACUGCCCGUCAGCCUCCCGGUUCUGACCAUCACUGGGAUAUGGGUUGUGUAUGCCAUGGCGCUCUACAAUCAGCACGUCUGCCCUGUGGAUAACUGGUUAUACAACCAGUCAUGUGAAGAGGAUCUGUUUUUGCAGAGCGGGCCAACCUUGUGCUGCACACUAGACAAUGUACCUCUCAUCAGUAAAUGUGGGACUCUUCCUCCAGAGAGCUGCUUCUUCAGCCUCAUCUGCAGCACAGGCUCAUUCAUGGUUGCGGCGAUUGUGCUGCUCCGCUACGCCCGCGUCAUUGAGAAGCACCAGAACUGUGUUCUCAACACGGCGAGUCUCUCCACAGGCUGGAUCUGUGCCGCCGGACUCAUCAUGGUGGGCAACUUUCAGGUGGAUAAUGCCAAAGUUCUCCACUAUGUCGGAGCAGGCAUCGCCUUCCCCACCAGCAUGCUGUUUGUGUGCCUGCAGUCGGCACUGACUUACCGACUCGCCAAGACCCAGGGGGAGUACAACGUGGCCCACCUCCGACUCUGCAUGACCCUGUUGGCCUUCGUAGCCUUGGUCCUCAGCGGUGUGUUCUUCUGUCAGGAGAGCUUCGUCCUUCAACACGCGUCGGCCAUCUUUGAAUGGGUGUUCUGCGUCAUCAUCAUGCUGUUCUAUGGGACAUUUGCCUUUGAGUUUGCCGGCAUGUCGUCGGAUACCAUGGUGGUGCUGUCUAGAGGGACCCUAGGACCUGCUGGGAAAGAACACAAGGUGGACCCACUGGGAUCACUGGGAGGGCCCAUUUUACAUCCGCACCAACCCGAAAACAUGUCCAUACUCUAGACUGCUGGCUCGUCUUGGCUUCUUUAGUCGUUGUCGAAAGAGUUUCUCAUUUCCAGCCACAUUCGUCUGAAGCUUUGAAAGGAACCGGGCCAGUGUCAAUCAUGGCAGAGUGGAUUCUACUACUUCAACCCUCGGGGUGUAGACCUGCUGCCACAGUGGAGACUUUGGUUUGUAUUACGCUCCCAUCAGAGCUCAGUGGCUCUAAAGAACUUUGUUUGUAUUUUGCACUUUGCACACGUGGGAAACCAAAUUUUCUCCCAACUCCCAAGUCCUGUGACCAGCAGAGGAGUACUUUGUCAAUCAGAUCCAGUAAAUGUACGAUCCCCCCCCCCCCCAGGAGAUCCUGUAACUGGUCUCAAUAAGUGGCCUUGGAGCUUUUCCCCUCGAGGUGACAGCCAUGACUCCUUCAACGUACGUAAAGAAGUCAAGGCUGCUGGACGACCACGCCGACAGUAUUGACACAGAGAAAAGCAGAGACAGACAGACAGAGAAAAUGUAUGAAUGCAAAUAUCAAGAAAAGGUGUCAAUAGAAGAGUUUAUAAAUGUUUUAGUCAAUCCUGGAGAUGGAACAGGGCAGCGCUCUGCAUUUUGCAAUCAUUCAAAACCUGCAUUAAGCAAUAUUUUUAACAUUAACAAGUCAAGUCAAAGAAUUCUUCACAGUACUGAACCCCUGAGAAUUAUCAAAAGCGGACUUUACGCUACUUUCUAGCCAAAGUUAAGAGUGGAUUAUAAAGAUAGAAGACAAUUUGGCCAUCUGGAGACACGGAUAUCACUUUCUCAGGAGCUGGUUAACUGAGGCUGAAAGGAAAGUGAUAGUGGACUCAUAUUUGUUUUUACUAUAUUUUUCAGGUGGCCAUGAGGAUAAUAACGUUGCUCUCUGUCCGCUGGAUGUGCAAGUAGGCACAGACGUUAGCCAUAACAAUUUAUGUCACUUUGGUUUUUGGUCAAAAAUUGCUUAAUGCAGCUUUUAAGAAUAAGCACUAUCAACAAGCUUUUUUUUGGAUCAGCAACUCUUUUAAGUAUCCAUAUGACUCACACCUAGCACACAUGGUUUUUGUGUUGCUUCUGGUGAUUAUUUGAACUGCAUACAGAACAAACCAUAGACCUGGUGCCUUAGUAAGUGUAACCUUUAUGACACCAUGUCUUCCCCCCUGCUGUUAGGAUAAAUACACUAGAUCAACCUUACACCUCAACAUGAUUCAACUUCCUCUCUGUAGAGUUCUACCAAAGAAUAUGAAAGAGAGGAUACAGUGUCCAGAGGCCAAAUACAUAGCAGCUAAUUCAAGCCAGAGCACUGUGGUUUAUUGAGUUUAGUGAGUUGAGUUUAGUGAGGAGGCAUCACACGUGUUUCCUGGUCCUGCGGACGUAGGGCUGCAUCUCAUUACUCCCCAACACGGAGGAGCACAACAUGCUGUCAUUGCUUUGCCUUCGUACUCUUUCUUUGAAACACUCCAUAGUUAAGAGGUUUUUUUUUUCAGCAUGUCUAACUGAUGUAGCGGGACAAAGGGAAAAGGAAGCAUUUGUUAUGUAAGACGUAACUGAGUUGCACUGUCCUGCCGACGCGUUGCUGUACAGCAGGAUUCACACCAAAUAUCAGUUCGCCUGUGACAUCGGUGCUAAAAGUCAUGAGGCCUUUCCGUGUCACGGUCCCUGAGUUCAGCUUUGAUUGUGAUAUUAAUGAAUGAAAGCAAUACGAUGGAGACGUAGUACUCUACUACUAGUAGUACUACGAGUGGAGGAGCAGGGACAGAAGGUUGCAUGCACACCUGUGAGUGCCAGGAAUACUAAAGUGGAUAUUUGUUGUUCACAUUGAAAAAUGCUCCCUGCUAAUAGAUACACUGACUUAAUAUGUUGACGUCUAUCAGUGUAGUCUUUCUCUGUUUAUAUAUUUUUGGAGAUGUUCAACAUCUCAGUAUAACAUUAACACACUCUGAGCUCUCCGGGGGGGGGGGGGGAAGAAAACGGAGCAAGCAGAGGGUUUACAACAGUAAUAGUCUCGUUAGUAUGCUUUUAUACAGUGAAGAUAUCAGUCCCUCACACCGCAACCGGCCACAUGUGGGGCAGAGUUUUACAAUGUGUUACAGAAGACUGAAGUGGAACAGCUGGUGCAGUCACUGCUCUGUGGAAUGAGCUGGACGGUGGAACCGGCACCAGACACGGCUCUGAUCCACUGCUUCUCCCUACUGGUCAAACUGCUUAUUGCAUUUGAGCUGUAACGUUGUUGUCCAGCUCACAGGAGGACUGCUUUUCUAAAGUGAAACUUUUUUGUACGGCGAAUAUUCAGUCACCUCCAGGUUUAGGCCAAAGGUCGAGCAAAGUCCUGACGACCACUCGACCUCCUGCCUCUCCUUCUGGAUUUAGUUCAGCUGUGAUCUUCAGAGUUUGCUCCCUCGGAUCCCUUUUUAAGUGGAACUUGGCCUUGUGACCUUACAGUGCUUUGACAAUAAUGCAUUCGUCUAACAAAUCACAAUAAAUAUCUGAUGCAUUUGAAGUGUUAAGCUAAAUGAUGGUGCUGCUCAUGCUGCUCUAGCGAGAAACAUUUUGUCAUUACACAUUUACUAAGCGAUUGUGAUCUCCCUGAAUGGUUUCUGCAUUGUAAGGAAGCGAUGCAUAAUGCCCCCGUUUCCAGUUCAACGUUACAAAAAUGUCUUUUGAAACAUUUUCUCAUCGUCUGAUUCGCAUUUUGCAAUAUCCUUUAUGCGUCCCUCAUCAUUUCAUAUCAACUUCUCUACUUUCUGUUCCUUUUUUCCCCCCACAUUUACUGAUCUGUCUGACCUUUGCACUCAGGAAAAUGUUACGACACCAGCUGCAUUGUUUGAUUCAAAGCAGAAGGAAAACUUUGCUUGCGUCUGCCUUCUGUUGUCUUUGUUUCAAUGGCAUUUGUUUUGUUACAUUAAUAUUUUUGCUUAAUAUAGGUGGUUAGCCAUGGUAUAAUAGAUUAUUUUUGUUCAUCCAGACUCUAUAAAGCUUAAAAAUAAAAAAACAUUCCUGUAUAGUUAGCUUGUCAGAAUUCUUAUGCUGCUCACACCAACAUGGUUAAAUAUCUGCAAGAAUCUCACUCAUGCAAUCAGUAAAUGAUUGGUGAAGGCGUUCUGACAAACUAGCAGCUGUUACUCAAUACUUCUCUGUUGAAAUGCUCACUAUGUGCCUUAUAUAUUAUUUUGAUAAUGAAAACCAAAGAGGUUUGGGUUGUAAAUUCUAUUUUGAUGAAAAGUCAUGAUUAUGUGCGUAUAUAUAUAUAUAUAAAUGCCUUGAUGUUCAAUAAAAAGAAACUGUUCAAUAAAAGCUGUUAAAAUAAUCAUUUGCUCCAUGUAAUGCAAUUUGUGUCUUCACCACAUAACUCUAAUCUUGCAUGUUGUGGAUUGAGCCAGACAACAGUUCACGUCUUUAAUUUUGUUUAUUGUUUAAUUAUUUACAUUGUUCAGUUUCUCCACCAACAGAGUUGACAGAAGAUCAACACAUUAAAUAGAGUAAAGCCUCUUACAACAACGAUGUGGCAGUAGAUGAAAGCACGGGUUGUUACACGCACCACAAAGUCCUAAACCUCCACAGACAUGAACCUUUAAGGUGAAUACUGUUCACACCCUUAAACCAAUUCAGAAGGUGAGAAUUUGAUUGAAUACUUUGUGAUUAAGUAAUGAUGAAAGCUGACUUAAAAUAAAAUGCCCUGUUCAGAAAAGUAUUUUAAUAAACACUCCUUUUUUUCCUCUAAAUCCGAGAG